CCAGACUCUCCUGUCUCCAAGCGUGCCACCUGGUCAAGACCGGCGGCGUGAGCGAGGAUCAAUGCCUUGGCGAGUGUUCCAAGAGCACCUGGCUUCUACAACGUCGGCGACGCUGUUCCCACUCGACGAGGAUACCCAACCUGCACGGUUUGCGACGACGUACCAGGGCACAAAGGUGACUUUGGCGACAAGUUCAAGCCGGCUCCCUACCAGUGCUCUGCGGGCCACGGUACCUCCGAGGACGGCUGCAAGAAGGGAUGCUCUGCCGGCGUCACCGACUACGAGGCUCUCAAGGCUAAGCAGGCUGCUGAGCCUGAGUACGCCGCGGUCAGGGAGGGCUCCUGCGAGGACUACGGCAUGACCACCAUCAUGGACGAGGACACCUGUCAAAAGGCCGGCGCCGUCAUCGACAACCAGCCCGGUAAGAUUAUCAAGGUCGAAGAGCCAUCCAUCGACCGCCCCAAGGGUUGCAUACUGCAUCCGUUCGCGGAGGGCAGCGCCCAGAAGCCCACUCGUUUAUUCAGGAACGGCAGGCUCGACGGCUGUGGAACAGUAGAACAGUGCUUGUGCAUCUCAAACCCCAAGGCUGAGGCCGCGGCCAAGGCGAAGGCUGCGGCUAAGGCUGAAGCUGCCGCCAAGUUUGAGUACGCCGCGGUCAGGGAGGGCUCCUGCGAGGACUACGGCAUGACCACCAUCAUGGACGAAAUCACCUGCAAAAAGGCCGGCGCCGUCAUCGACAACCAGCCCGACAAGAUCCUCAAAAGUGUGUAUACACCCAUCGCCCGCCCCAAGGGUUGCACGCUGCAUCCGUUCCAGAGGGGCAGCGCCCAGAAGCCCACUGAGUUUUUCAGGAACGGCAGGGUCGACGGCUGUGACGCAGGCUGUGACUGCCUGUGCAUCAAAAAUCCCAAGGUUUAGUUGGUUUCCCUCAUCUUUUCGGUAAUCAGAGAGUAGAUCCUAACUG